AUGGCCCGGCCGGGGGGCACCGGGGGGGCCGUGGCCACCGCGGAGCUGCGGGUGACACCGCGGGUGACACCGCGGGUGACACCGUGGGUGACACUGUGGGCGACACUGUGGGUGACAGCCGUGGGCGCGGCCACAGGGCGCUGGUGCGCGCGGCCGGUGCUGGUGACGGAGCAGUGGGAGGUGACCCCGCGGCGCGAGGCGGCCGUGCCGUGUCCCAGUUUGUACCAGUACAGCCUGGCCGGGUGGCGCCUGGACCGGGAGCGCACGCGCCGGGAGCGCGGGGACGGGGACAGCGGGGACGGGGACAGACACACCCCCCUGUGCUACAUCUACCGCCCCCCCGAGCUGCAGCCCGUGACCCGGAACCGCACGGAGCGCGGCUGCUGCCCCGGCUGGAGCGGCCCCCGCUGCACUGAGGGUCCCGGCUCCCUGGGCCGCUGCUUCAGCUCCUGGCAGUGCCAGGACGGCGCCGGGAGCCGCAACCGCAGCGCCAUGAGCCGCGCCGAGUGCUGCCGGCAGCCCUGGGGGCACAGCUGGCACCGCGGGGACACCGGGGGCACGGCGGGGCCCUGCCUGCACUGCACCAGCCUCCCCCUGGCCGGGGACGGGGGGUCCCCCCACCGCAGCCCCCCGGCCACGUGCCAGGCCUGGGCGGGGUCGCGGUUCCGAACCUUCGACGGGCGGCACUUCGGCUUCGGGGGCUCCUGCCGCUACAGCCUGGCCGGCGCCACCGACGGCUCCUGGGAGGUCACCGUCGGCCUGGGACACCCCCGGGUGAGGCUGCACAUGACCUUCGGGACGGACACGGUGGCGGCCGAGGGACAGAACGUGUCGGUGAACGGGGCCGCGGUGCCGCGGGGCCGCCCCUACCUGCACAAAGGGCUCGGUGUCACCUGGCCAGGUGACUGGGUGGCCGUGGCCAGCAGCCUGGGCGUGCGGGUGGCCUGGGACGGGCACCUGGCGGUGACAGUGACAGCGGAGCCGGAGCUGCGCGGCGCCACCUGGGGGCUCUGCGGCACCUACACCGAGGACCCUGCGGAUGACUUCAUGCUCCCCGACGGGGACAUCGCCGCCAUCGCCGCCGCCUUUGGCAACGCCUGGAAGGUGCCGGGGGCCGGCGCAGAGCCCCCGUGCAGGGACGCGCCGCAGGGCGGCCCCGGCUGCGGCCCGGGUGAGGCGACAGCGGCGGUGGCCACGUGCGGGCGGCUGCUGGCCCAGCCCUUCCGGCAGUGCCACGGCGAGGUGGACCCCAGCGGGUUCUACGCAGCGUGUGUGGCGCUGCUGUGCGGGGACGGGACCCCAGUGUCACCCCCCGGUCCCCUGUCACCCCCCGUGUCCCCCCCCGGCCCCCUGUCACCCCCCGUGCCGCCCCCCGGCCCCCCGCCCCCCGCCGCCUGCGACACUUUCGCCGCCUAUUCCCGGGAGUGCUCCCGCCGCCAGCUCCACGUCCCCUGGCGCCGCCCCGGCUUCUGCGAGCGCCGCUGUGAGCCGGGGCAGCGCUUCUCGGACUGCGUGUCGCUGUGCCCGGUCACCUGCGCCACCGCGGGCGGCGCCGAGCGCGACUCGUGUCACCGCCAGUGCCACGGCGGCUGCGAGUGCGGCCCGGGGCUGGCCCGCGACGGGCCCCGCUGCGUCCCCCCCGCCGCCUGCCCCUGCCACCACCGGCGGCAGCGCUACGAGCCCGGCCAGAGCAUCCGCCAGCGCUGCAACCGCUGCACGUGCGAGGGCGGCCGCUGGCGCUGUGACCAGCAGCGCUGCCCGGCCGAGUGCGCCGUGCUCGGGGGGCGUCACUUUGUCACCUUCGACCGCCGCCGCUUCUCGCUGCCGGCCCCGUGCGCGCACACCCUGGUGGAGGACUUCGUGGCGGGCCGGCUGCUGGUCACAGCCGAGCACGAGCCCUGCGCGUCCCCGGGCUGUCCCCGCAGCGUCACUGUCACCACCGGCCGCACCACGGCCCGGCUGCACGGCACAGGGGAGGUGACGGUGGCCGGGCGGGAGGUGACGCUGCCCUUCUCCGGGGCCGAGCUGAGCGUCCGCCGCGCGUCCUCGGCCUUCCUGCACCUGCAGCUGCCCGACGCCCACCUGCUCUGGGGGCUGGGGACCCCCGACAUCUUCAUCACCCUGCAGCCCGCCAUGGCCGGCACGGUGCGGGGUCUCUGCGGGACGUUUAACGGGGACCAGCGCGACGAGUUCACGACUCCGGCGGGGGACGUGGAGCCGGGAGUCGCCGCCUUCGCCAACGCGUUCCGCGCGGCCGGAGCGUGCCCCGCGCUCGGCCCCGCCAUCCCCGAGCCCUGCGCCGCCUUCCCCGGGCUCCGGGAGCGCGCAGAGGCCGCCUGCGCCCCGCUGCUGGCGCCGCCCUUCCAGCCGUGUCACCGCGCCGUGGACCCGGAGCCGUUCCUGGAGCUGUGCCGCCGGGCCGUGUGCUCCUGCCCCGAGCAGCCGCCGGAGCGCUGCCGCUGCCCCGCCCUGGGCGCCUACGGGCGGGAGUGCGCCCGGGAGGGAACCGAGCUGGACUGGAGGAACCGGAGCCUCUGCGGUGCGCCGUGCCCCGGGGGGCAGCAGUACCGGGACUGCGGGGGUCCGUGCGGCCGCUCCUGCUCGCAGCCCCCCGACGGCACCGACUGUCCCCCCCCGGACACGCUCUGCGUCCCCGGCUGCCGCUGCCCCCCGGGGCUGCUGCUGGCGCAGGGGGGGCAGUGCGUGCCCCCCGCCGCCUGCCCGUGUCCCCGCGGCCGCCGCCUGUUCCCGCCCGGCGCGCGCGUCCGCCGCGGCUGCCAGGCCUGCGUGUGCGCAGGGGGGUCGUGGCGCUGCGCCCCCGGCCCGUGUCCCCCCGGCCCGCGCUGUCCCCCGGGGCUGCUGCACGCUCCCGGCUCCUGCCUGCGCCGCUGCGACCCCGCCGAGCCCUCGGGCACCUGCGGCGGCCCCGCCGACGGCUGCGUGUGUCCCCCCGGGACGCUCUUCCUGGGCGGGCGCUGCGUGUCGCCGGACGAGUGUCCCUGUCACCACGGCGGGCGGCUGUACCCGCCCAACGCCACCAUCGCCCGCGACUGCAACACCUGCGUGUGCCGGGGACAGCGGUGGCACUGCGGGCGCGAGGAGUGCGCGGGGACCUGCGUGGCCACGGGGGACCCGCACUAUGUCACCUUCGACGGCCGCGCCUUCACCUUCGCGGGGGACUGCGAGUACCUGCUGGCGCGCGAGGCCAGCGGGCUCUUCGCUGUCACCGCCGAGAACGUCCCCUGCGGGGCCAGCGGCGUCACCUGCACCAAGUCCGUGCUGGUGGCCAUGGGCGACACCGUGGUGCACAUGCUGCGGGGGCGGGAGGUGACAGUGAACGGGGUGGCCGUGAGACCCCCCAAGGUGUUCGGGGGGUCGGGGCUGGCGCUGCAGCGCGCGGGGCUCUUCCUGCUGCUCCUCACGCGCCUGGGGGUGGCCGUGCUGUGGGACGGAGGGACCCGCGUGUACGUGCGCGUGUCCCCGCGGCUGCGCGGGCGCCUGGCCGGGCUCUGCGGCAACUUCGACGGCGACGCCGAGAACGAUUUUGGGAGCCGGGACGGGGCCCUCGAGGCCACCCCCGAGAUCUUCGGGGACUCGUGGCGCCUCAGCCCGCUCUGCCCCGAGGCCGACGGGCACCGGCCGCACCCCUGCGAGGAGAGCCCCCAGCGCUCGGCCUGGGCGCGGGGGCGCUGCGGGGUCCUGCGGCACGAGCUCUUCGCCCCCUGCCACGAGCUGGUGCCGCCCCAGCGCUUCUACGAGUGGUGCCUGUUCGACGCCUGCGGGUGCGACAGCGGCGGCGACUGCGAGUGCCUGUGCACGGCCCUGGCCGCCUACGCCGAGGAGUGCGGGCGGCGCGGGAGAGCCCUGCGCUGGCGGAGCCAGGGGCUGUGCCCCCUGCAGUGCGAGGGGGGGCAGGAGUACAACCCCUGCGGCCCCCCCUGCCCCCCCACCUGCCGCGACCUCGGCCGGGACCCCCCCGAGCUGUGCGGGGCCCUGGGGUGCCUCGAGGGCUGUUUCUGCCCCCCCGGGAGGGUCCUGCACGACGGGCUGUGCGUGGACCCCCCCGCCUGCCCCUGUUUCUGGGACGGCUUCGCCUUCCCGGCCGGGACCACCGUGACCCAGGGCUGCAGCAACUGCACGUGCGAGGGGGGGCGCUGGCGGUGCCCCCCGGCCCCCGGCCCGUGUCCCGCCGCGGGCUGCGCCCCCUGGGAGUUCCGCUGCCCCGGGGGGCUCUGCGUGCCGGGCGCCUGGCUCUGCGACAACGAGGACGACUGCGGGGACGGCUCGGACGAGCUGUGCGACCCCCCCUGCGCCCCCCAGCAGCCCCGCUGCCCCGGGGGGCGCUGCCUGCCCUGGGGGGCGCGCUGUGACGGGGUCACCCACUGCCCCGACGGCUGGGACGAGGCGGGGUGCCCGGGCCGGCCCUGCGAGCCCCCCGAGUUCGCCUGUGCCGGGGGGCGCUGCCUGCCCCCCGCCCGCGUCUGCGACGGGCGGCGCGAUUGUCCCCCCGGGGACGACUCGGACGAGGCGGGCUGCGCCCCCCGCUGCGGGCCGGGGCAGUUCAGGUGCGGGGGGGGCCGGUGCGUCCCGAGCCCCCAGCGCUGCGACGGCCGCGACGACUGCGGGGACGGCAGCGACGAGAGCACCUGUCCCGCGCGGGCCCCCUGCGGCGCCGGCACCGUGCCCUGUCCCGACGGCUCCUGCGUGCCCGAGGUCGCCGUGUGCGACGGCGCUCGCGACUGUCGCGACGGCUGGGACGAGAGCCCGGCGGGGUGCGCGGUGGCGCUGCCUCCCGCGCCGCUGUCACCUGUCACCGACACUGUCACCGCUGCCACCGACACUGUCACUGUCAGUGACACUGACACUAUCGCCGACACCACCCCCGACACCGCUACUGCCACCGCCGCUGUCGCCGACGCUGUCCCCGUCCCCGACACUGUCCUGAUCACCGGCGCUGUCACUGUCGCCGACACUGUCCUGAUCACCGGCGCUGUCACUGUCGCCGACACUGUCCCCCGCCCUGCCAACGCCUCGGCGGCGCCGUGUCCCCCCCGCUCCCUGCGCUGCGACAGCGGCGGCUGCGUCCCGCGGGGGUGGCGCUGCGACGGCGACAGCGACUGUCCCGACGGCAGCGACGAGGGAGGCUGCGACCCCCCGUGCGCCCCCGGCCACCUGCCCUGCGACCCCCCCUGCGCCCCCGGCCGCGCCCCCUGCGCCCCCGCCUGCGUCCCCCCGAGCCGCCUCUGCGAUGGAGUCCCGCACUGUCGCGACAGCGCCGAUGAGAGCCCCCAGCUCUGCGCGACCCCCGGCCCCGGGAGCCGCCCGGGGGGUCCCUGCGCGGAGUUCGACUGCGGGGACGGGGGAUGUGUCACCUUCCAGCAGGUGUGUGACGGGCUCCGGGACUGCGCCUCGGCCGAGGACGAGCGGGGCUGCGGCUUUUGGGGUCCCUGGGGUCCCUGGGGGUCCUGCAGCCGCCCCUGCGGGCCCGGGGGGCAGCGCCGGGCGCGGGGGUGUCACCAGAGUCACCCCGGGCUGCUCCGCGCGUGCCGGGGGUCCCGCGAGCAGGAGCGACCCUGCUUCCACCGCGCCUGCCCGGUGGACGGCGCGUGGGGCCCGUGGGGACCCUGGUCCGGGUGCCCGGGGGGCUGCGGGGGGGUCCGGCUGCGCAGGAGGGGGUGCGAGCCCCCCCAGAACGGCGGCCGCGCCUGCGAGGAGCUGCCCGGGGGGACCCUGGAGACGGAUGGGGGGUGUCCCCAAAACCGGGGGUGGUUCUGGGGUACAGGGGCUGAUGGGGGGGCGGGGGUCUCUGCUCCUGACCCCCCCCCAGCCCCCUGCGCCCCCGGGGGGUGCCCCAACAGCUCGCGGUGCCCCGAGGGGCGGCGCCCCCUGCCCUGCGCCCCCUGCCCCGCCACCUGCGCCGAGCUGGGCGCCCCCCGCGCCUGCCCGCGCCCCCCGCGCUGCAGCCCAGGCUGCUGGUGCCCCGCGGGGCAGCUCCUGGAGCCCUCGGGCUGCGUGCGGCCGCGGGACUGCCCGUGCCGGGCCGGGGGUCGCACGUUCCCCGCGGGGGUCGCGGUGCCGCUCGGGUGUCGCGUCUGCACCUGCCUGGGGGGGCACCUGCGGCGCUGCCGGCCCCGCCCCGCCUGCUCAGUGCACUGCGGGUGGUCGCCGUGGUCGCCGUGGGGGCCGUGCGGGGGCGCGUGCGGGACCCCCGGCGUGCAGUGGUCGUUCCGCAGCCCCUCCAACCCCGCGCGGCGCGGGAGCGGCCGCCGGUGCCGCGGGAUCUACCGGAGAGCGCGCAGGUGCCGCACUGCUCCGUGCCCGCGGUGCCACCACGGCGGGACGUGGCGCGUGCCCGGCGAGCGCUGGCGUUGGGGCCCGUGCCAGCUGUGCCAGUGCCAGCCCGGCGGCGCCGCGCGCUGCGUCCCCUUCUGUCCCCUGCGCCGCCCGGGCUGUCCCCAGGGCCAGGCGCCGCUCCCGGGUGUCGCCGGCUCCUGCUGCGCCUGCGGCCCCGCGGGUGACAACGCCACGGCCGCGCCCCGCCCCCACACCUCAGAGCGGCCCGGAAGCGCCGAGACCCCCCCGGAGCCCCCCGGGGGCACCCCCAGAGCCGAGACCCCGUCCCAGGACACCCCGGAGCCCCCCGGGGGCACCCCCAGAGCCGAGACCCCGCCCCAGGACACCCCGGAGCCCCCCGGGGGCUCCGCCACCCCCCGGGAGCCCCCCCAAUUGUCCUCGCCGGCUCCCACGGGGGUCCCCGCCGCGACCCCCCCAGGCUGCGCCCCCCCGCCCUGGGGGGGGUGGGGGUCCUGCAGCCGCUCCUGCGGGGUGGGGGUCGCUCUGCGGCGCCGGAGGGAGACCCCGCCCGAGGGGGGCUGCGCCCACCCCCCCGACACCGACAGCCGCGCCUGCUUCCUGCGAGCCUGCCCAGUGGCGGGCGGGUGGUCGCCCUGGGGGUCCUGGAGCGGCUGCGACGCCCCGUGCGGGGGGGGCCAGCGGAGCCGCCGCCGCCGCUGCAGCGACCCCCCCCCAAAAAACGGGGGGCGGCCGUGCGAGGGGGGGGCCCUGCAGAGCCGGCCCUGCAACCUGCGGCCUUGCGGGGACCCCCCAGCCUGCCCCCCCCAGAUGCUGCUGGUGCCCCCGGGGGGCUGCGAGGAUUUGGGGGUCCCCCCCUGCCCCCCCAGCUGCGCGGACCUGAGUGGGAACAGCUCGUGCCCGGGGCACUGCGAGGAAGGCUGCCGCUGCCGCGCGGGGCUGGUGCUGCAGGGGAGCGGCUGCGUGGAGCCCGGCGCCUGCGGGGUCCCCGCGGGGGUGUUGGGGGACCCCCGGGAUCGGGGCCCCCCUGAACCCUGCGGGUGGUCGCGCUGGACCCCCUGGACCGGCUGCGACUGUGACAGCGGGACCCGGCAGCGCUUCCGGUCUCCCACCAACCCCGCGGCCGCCCCGGGCGGUGCCCCCUGCACCGGCCCCCCCCGCGAGGUUCGGGGCUGUCCCGAGCUCUGCGGACCCGAGCCCGGGAGCGCGGGGCCGCCUGCGGCCACCGGGGGGCGCACCGGGGGGCCGGGGGCACCGGGGGGCACAGAGACCCCCGAGACCCCGAUGUCGCCGUGGGAUGCAGAGACCCCCGAGACCCCGAUGUCACCUUGGGAUGCAGAGACCCCAGAAUCGCCGUCGGGCACAGAGACCCCCGAGUCCCCAAUGUCGCCGUGGGGCGCAGAGACCCCAAAAUCGUCGUGGGGCACAGAGACCCCAGAGUCCCCAAUGUCGCCGUGGGGUGCAGAGACCCCAGAAUCGCCGUGGGGCACAGAGACCCCCGAGUCCCCAAUGUCGCCGUGGGGCACAGACACCCCGAUGUCGCCGUGGGGCACAGAGUCCCCGAUGUCGCCGUGGGGCACAGAGACCCCCGAGUCCCCGAUGUCACCGUGGGGCACAGAGACCCCAGAAUCGCCGUGGGGCACAGAGUCCCCGAUGUCACCGUGGGGCACAGAGACCCCCGAGUCCCCGCGGCCGCCGCUCGCCGCCCGUGGCCGGUGGUCGCCGUGGGGGCCGUGGGGCGGCUGCAGCGCCCCCUGCGGGGGGGGCGAGCGCUGGAGGCGGCGGCGCUGCGGGACCCCCCCGUGCGCGGGGCCGGCGCUGCAGAGCCAGAGCUGCCACAGCCACGCGUGUCGCGAGGCGGGGUGCCCUCCCGGCCGGACCUUCCGCGAGUGCGGGGGGGACUCGGGGUGCCCCCGGAGCUGCGCCCACCUCGGGGGGGCCGUGGGGUGCGCGGGGGGGUGUCCCGAGGGGUGUCACUGCCCCCCCGGCACCUUCCUGCACCGCCACACCUGCCUGCAGCCCCAGCAGUGCCCCUGCUCGGUGCUGCGGGGGGGCACGGCCGGGACCCCCCCCGGGACCCCCCCCGGGACCCCCCCCGAGGACCCCCCGAUCCUGGAGCUGCCGCCGGGCGGGACCCUGCGCGUGGGGUGCGCCCGCUGCUCGUGCCUGCGGGGCCGCCUGCGCUGCGCCCCCUGCGACGGGACCCGCUCCGGGACCCCCGAGUGCCCGAGCCCCCCCUGCGCCGCGGAGCCCGGCCCCACAGGGGGUCUCGGCCCCACAGGGGGUCUCAGCCCCAUAUCGGAUCUCAGCCCCAAAUCAGAUCUCAGCCCCACAGGGGGUCUCAGCCCCACAGCGGAACCCGCCCCUAUAUCGGAUCUCAGCCCCACAGGGGGUCUCAGCCCCACAGCGGAGCCCGUCCCUAUAUCGGAUCUCAGCCCCACAGCCCCAGGGGACGAGGAGGCGGCGGGGGGGUCCCCGGUGGUCCCGGUGGUCCCGGUGGUCCCGUGGGGCCCGUGGGGGCCGUGGGGGCCCUGCAGCCGCACCUGCACCGACCCCGAGACCCCCGCGAGCCGCAGCCGCCGCCGGGACUGCGCGGGGGGAAACUGUGGGGCGGGGGGCGACACCGAGAGCCGGGCCUGCAACCUGCCCCACUGCCGGGCGCCCCCCUGCCCCGCGCCCCCCUGCCCGUGCCGCUGGAGCCCCUGGGGGCGCUGGGGGUCCUGCUCGCGGCCCUGCGGGGGGGGGCAGCAGCGCCGCCUCCGAGCCUUCGCCCCCCCCGCGCCCGGGGAGCCCUGGUGCCCCCAGAUCCGGGGGGGCCACGAGCAGCGGCGCCCGUGCGGGGUGACGGCGUGUCGGGUGAACGGCGCGUGGUCCCCGUGGGGUCCCUGGUCGCGCUGUGACGUCACGUGCGGGGGGGGCCGCUCCGUGCGCAGCCGCUCCUGCUCCCGACCCCCCCCAAAAAACGGGGGGAGCCCCUGCCCCGGGGAGGGGCACGAGCUGAGGGUCUGCAACGCCCGGGCCUGCGGCCCGCGCUGCCCCCCCGGGCAGUCCGUGUCCCCCUGCGCCACCCGCUGCCCGCGGAGCUGCCGCGACCUGCGGGACGGGGUGACCUGCGGGGGGGGCGCCCCCUGCCAGCCCGGCUGCCGCUGCCCCCCCGGGACGCUGGAGCAGGACGGGGGCUGCGUCCCCCCCGCGCUCUGCGCCUGCCUGGACUCGGGGGGGCGCCUGUGGCUGCCGGGGGGGGGCGGCGACCCCCGGGGCUGCCGGAACUGCACCUGCGCGGGGGGGCGGCUGCGCUGCGCGCCCGGGGGGUGUCCCCCCCCCACCGGGACCCCCCCCGGGACCCCCCCGUGCACCUGGAGCCGCUGGAGCCAGUGGGGAGCGUGCAGCGUCACCUGCGGGGGGGGGCGGCAGGAGCGCUACAGGACCCCCGUCCCCCCCGAGGGCGCGGGGGGACCCUGCGGCCCCCCCCAGGAGCAGGUUCGGGGGUGCGAGGACGCCCCGUGCCCCCCCCUGUGCCCCUGGGCGGGGGGCGAGCGGGGGCUGGGCGAGCGCUGGAGCCCCGGCCCGUGCCGGCAGUGCACCUGCACCCCCGAGGGACCCGAGUGCAGGGACACCCCGUGCGCGGCCGAGCCGUGUGACUGGAGCCCCUGGGGGUCCUGGGGACCCUGCGGUGACCCCUGCGCGGGGGGGUCCCGCCUGCGCCACCGGCACCCCCUGAGCCCCGAGACCCCCGGGCGGGCGUGUGCGGGGGGGCGCAGCCAGAGCGAGAGCUGCAGCUCGGCCACCUGCCCAGACCCCGAGUGCGGCGGGGGGGGCCGGACCCGCAGCCCCUGCGCCGGGCGGUGCCCCCGCACCUGCGCCGACACCUGGGCACAGGUGCUGUGUCUGCAGGGGCCCUGCGAGCCAGGGUGCCGUUGCCCCCCCGGGCAGCUGCUGCAGGACGGUCACUGUGUCCCCCUGAGCCAAUGUCGCUGCGGGACCCCCGGCGGGGACAGCGAGGUGUCCCCGGGGACCGUGACACAGAUCGGGUGUCACAACUGCACCUGCGAGAACGGCACCUGGAGCUGCCCGGGGCUGGCGUGUCCGUCCCCGGGGCCCGCGACCCCCGCGGUCUCGCUGUCCCCCGUGUCCCCCUGGUCCCCCUGGUCCCGCUGCUCCCGCAGCUGCGGCGGGGGGACGCGGCGGCGGCACCGGCCGUGCCCGGAGCGCCGCGGGGCGGGGGCGCCGUGCGGGGACGGUCCCGAGGAGGAGACGGAGCCGUGUAACGGCCACGCGUGUCCCGGCUGCCCCCCGGGUGAGGUGUGGCUGGACCCCGGCCCCGCCUGCGAGCGCAGCUGCCAGGACCUGGCGGAGCCCCCCGGCACUUGCGGGGCGACCCCCGCGACCCUCGGAACCUCCGGAUCCCCCGCGACCCCCGCAACUCCGGACACCCCCGGGACCCCCACGACCCUCGGGACCCCCUGGGUCCCCCCGCGCUGCGGCUGCGCCCCCGGCCGGUACCGGAACGGCUCCGGGCAGUGCGUGAGCGCGGGGAGCUGCGAGUGCCGGCACGGCGGGGCGCUGCGGGCGGCCGGCAGCGAGUGGCAGGAGCCGUGCGGGACCUGUCGCUGCUCCGAGGGACGCGUCACCUGCGCCACCUCCUGCCCGGCGCUCACCUGCCCGGAGGGCACGGAGCCGGUGCGGGAUCCCGGGAGCUGCUGCCCCGUGUGCCGGGACGAUUGGCCAGAGGAGCCCCCCGGGCCGUGCCGGCUGCUGUCGGCGCUGCGCACCAUCGCCAAGGGCGCGUGUGCGCUGCGGGGCGUGCGGGUCACCUACUGCGCGGGGGCGUGCCGCUCCCGCACCGCCGUGAGCGCGCAGGAGCCGUACGUGCGGUCGCGCUGCGAGUGCUGCAGUUACCGGCUGGACCCCGCCCGGCCCGUGCGGGCGCUGCUGCUGCGCUGCCCCCGCGGCCGCCCCCGGCCCGCGCUGCUGCCCCGCAUCGCCGAGUGCCGCUGCGAGCCCUGCCGGGGCGGGGACUUCGCCCGGCGCUGAGGAGCCCCCC